AUGACAUUGUUUGAGGCUUUGUAUGAUAUGAGGUGUAAGACGCAUUUGUGUUGGUAUGAUUCUGGUGAAAGUGUUCUUCUUGGACCUGAGAUUGUGAAGCAAACCUCUGAGAAGAUCAAGAUGAUCCAAGAGAAUAUGAAAGCUUUGCAGAGUUACCAGAAAAGUUAUCAUAAUAAGAGGAGGAAAAAACUUGAAUUCCAAGAGGGGGAUCAUGUGUUUUUUAGAUUUACUCUGGUAACAGGUGUUGGUCGUGCUUUAAAAUCUCGGGAGCUUACGUCACAUUUCAUUGGUCCUUAUCAGAUUCUGAAGCGAUUGAGGAAGCAUAUUCCUGAUCCAUCUCAUGUGAUUCAAGUGGAUGAUGUGCAAGUUAGAGAGAACUUGACCGUUGAGAUAUCACCCUUGAGAGUAGAGGAUCACGAAGUGAAGAAAUUUAGAGGCAAAUAG